GAAACAUUAACGUGUCGUUUGUUUGCCAUCAGUCAGCGUGUCGGGGUGCUUUACCUUAUCAUCCUCAGCCUCGGUGCACUGAAGAUGCAGAUAGCGCUGAGGAUGCUGUGCUCGGCUAAUUUGUGAGCAGCAUGGACGAGGCUGCCAGCCAGCUGGAGAGAGACCAUGUUCACAGCGUGUACGAGAGGAUUGCGCCGUUCUUUAAUGACACUCGCUACAAGGCUUGGCCAAGAGUCAAGCAGUUCCUGUUGGAACAGGAGCCGGGCAGCAUCGUCGCCGAUGUGGGAUGCGGCAAUGGGAAGUACCUGCACAUCAAUGAGAGCAUCUUUAAGAUGGGCUGUGACGUUUGCCGCCCGUUGGUGGAUUCGGCUUGGAGUCGAGGCCAUGAGGUUCAGCUGUGUGAUGGUCUGCGUUUACCCUACAGAGACGGCUGCUUUGAUGCCGUGCUCUCCAUCGCAGUCAUCCACCACAUGUCGACCAAAGAGCGGCGAGUGCGGGCGCUGAAAGAAAUGGCACGCACGUUGCGAGUCGGAGGCCGAGUCAUGAUCUACGUCUGGGCCAUGGAGCAGAAAAGACGCAAGUUUGAGAAGCAGGACAUCUUUGUGCCCUGGAACCCCAACCCUCCCUUAUCCUCUGCUUCGAGAGGGCGUCUCAGAGGCAGGCAGCGAGGCAGCGGAGUCCAGAGCGUAAGCGACAGUGCGGAUUCCGACAGCAUGCACAGGAACACUAAAAGCACAUCGUCGGUGGCGGAUGAGGAGGAUCCCGGGAGCCCUGCGCAGCACAGGAAGCAGAAGCUCUGGUUUUUCUCCAGGUCUCUGGACUCCGUCCUGGACUUAAGCAGCCUGACCAUGUCUCGCUCUUUUUCCAGAGAGCUUGGCGCUUUUUGCAGCCCUACCGACGAACCCGAGGCGAGAACUCAAGCGAGAAGCACGAGAGGACAAGCCCUGAUCAGACAAGUGUCCAGCUUUUUCACCAACCCGUCCUCCAGGAACAGCCUAGAAGAGGACGUGUUUGUCUCCGAGCCGAACGAGCGGACGCAGAAAGCAGAGUGCAGCGACGGGAACGGGGAGGUCUCGGUCACCCUGGUGCAGGACUGCUCAUCAGUGCCAUUACCAGAUCUGGUGUCUCGACAGAGGGAGCGCUCGGAUAGCGAACGGCUCGGAGAGGAUGAGGGAGGAGAUUUCGAACAGGAAAGCGCAGUGUCCCUUCAGCGGCAGGACAAGUGGAGUAAGGACAAUCUGAACGAGUCAUGUCUGCGCUAUUACCACGUCUUCAGAGAGGGGGAGCUGACGCAGCUUAUUGAGGAACAUGUCGAGGAACUUCAUAUCCUGCAGACCUACCUGGAUCAUGCCAACUGGUGUGUGGUGGCUGAGAAGGUCCAUGUGUGGAGGGUUUGAGUUUUUUUUUUUUUGUUUAUUUAUUACAAUAUUUGUUUUUUAAGUGUGUUCCUGUUUUAAAUUGUUUCUUUUUAAGGAUUUUAACCAUUUUGACUAAGAGCUGAGGUUAAGUUUUUAGUAUGGAUCAGGACCCAGUUUCCCAAAAGGAAGGAGAGACUAAAUGAAUGAAUGAAAAUGGGUGACGGAAUGAAUGGCAAUGACUGAAGUUUCAGACUGAGUCGAUGAAUGAGAGUGAAAGAUGAAUGACGACGAAUUACUUGCAUCUAAAAUGAUGGAAUGACUGGACUGAAUGAAUGGCAGAUGGUGAAAAUGAACAAUAUAUGCUGUGAAUGAAUGACGGACUAUGUGAACAGAUGAAUGACUGAAGAAAUGAACGGAUGAAAGACUGAAUGAAUGAUAGAUGGAACAAAUGAACGACAGAUGGAUCAAAUGACCGACGGACAGAAUGACCGGCGGACGGAAUGAACGACUGAAUAGGCGGAAUGAACGACUGAAUAGGCGGAAUGAACGACUG